UACUAACUUAGCUAUGAGAAUAUUACAUUGCGAGUGGUGCAACAUUGCAAAUUUUUACGAUUGAAACGUGCAUGUCAAUAUCAUCCUAUUGAUAUGCAGGUUGCAGGGAACUAUCUCCGGAAUGUUGUAUUGCUAACAAAAGUAAACUUGGUCAAGAAAAUUUAACAAGGAUGUACUUGAUAGAAAACAAGGAAAAUGGCUUGGCCAGGCAUGUAGCUCUCUUUAGUGCACAAGGUGUAGAAAACGAACUCGAGUCGAUUAUUAGCUCUCUUGAACUUUUGAGGGCUGGUGUACUAUUACUGUUGCUCAAUUUGGAAUAUCCUAUGACAACGACGAAUUUGGGAAAGCUGACCGAUCUCAGAGGAGUGAAAAGAACAGACCAAUUCGUUCAUAGAAAAUUUGCAGAAGAGGUCGAACAAUGCCUUAAGGAGUACGUCGGCCGAAUUCAAUAUCUUGACGAGCACGGGAUCAAGGUUAAAAUAUCCGAGGAUCGACAAAGGGAAGGCAUAUCUGAGUCAUUGAAGAACAAAAUGACCUACUCACAUGAUCCUUCGACUUGCCCUUUCGUGGUUAUGUCACAUGGCUGUUUAUCCGGAAGUAAGCCGGCAAAAUUCAACAAUCAGACUCCCGCAGAGGAUACUUCGGAAAUGAAUGAAUUGUGAGCCCUUGAAGUACAAUAGAUCAGAGAAUAAGCUCAUCUGAUUGGAGGGAUGAAGAUACCGUUGACGAAACGGGAAGACCGUAUUGGGAUAUCUCUUCGGAAGUUCCUUGGUAUGAACAAAUAAAACAACGAGACCUCCAAAUUGCAGAGCAACAAAGAGUUGAGAGGGAAAUAAGGGUUCGACGAUACGUGGAAGCAUUGGAAAGAAUGGAAAAUGAAGAUAUUGAAGCAAGGAUGGAGGAAGAAAGUGAAGCAAAAAGGAAACUCAAGGGGAAGGAGAAGCAUUGGAAAGAAUGGAAAAUGAAGAUAUUGAAGCAAGGAUGGAGGAAGAAAGUGAAGCAAAAAAGGAAACUCAAGGGGAAGGAGAAGAUGGAUGAAUAUGAAUUGGAUGAAUUGGAAGCAAAAUGAUCAUGAAAAGUUAUAUAAAAUGUUUAUAUCUUUAUUUAUUUGAGUCUUAUUACUAUCAAUGUAAGUGUUAACAAGGUUUUUUGGAUAGGUAUACGAAUAAAAUAUUGCUCGUGUUUAACUACUACUCAAUUCUUAA